UCAGUAUAUUGGUUCAUUUGAAAAAGUUUGUUAGAAAAGAAGUUAAAGUAAGUGUGGAAAAGAGAAAAGUGACAGUUGCACUUUGUUAGCAAGGUGGAUGAGUCAUGGCUGGAACUGUAAGUUUGGAGCUGGAUCCUGUUUUCCUCAAGGGCUUGGGAUACCUGCACUCCAAGAGCAAAGACUCUGCGGAGAAGCUGAAGGCUCUGCUGGACGAGUCCCUGUCCAGAGGAACUGAUUCAGCGUAUCGUACCUCAUUGAAGGAAGCCGAGCUUUCCAAAGUGUCAGUACCCAAGCUGAUCAAACAGGAAUCCAAAUCGACGUCCAGCUCGUCCUCCUCAUCAUCGUCAUCGUCGUCCUCUUCGUCGUCAUCGUCCAGCAGUAAAUCCAGCACCUCGGAGAAGAGCAAGAAGGAAGCAGAGAAGAGACCUGCUGAGAAGGUGAGGUUGGAGUGCGGAGAUGCAGGCGAUCCGCCCAAAAAGCCACGUCUGGAUAAAACGGAAAAUCGUUCGUCCCCCAUCGCCUUCCAGACUAAAGAUGUUCCCAUAGGAGAUUUCAGCUACAGCGACGAGACCAACGCUGACGACUUCGCCAUGGAGAUGGGAUUAGUGUGUGUUGUGUGCAGACAGAUGACGGUGACGUCUGGGAAUCAGCUGGUGGAGUGUCAGGAGUGUCACAACCUGUACCAUCAAGAGUGUCACAAACCUCAGGUGACGGAUAAAGACGUAAACGACCCGAGGUUGGUGUGGUACUGCGCACGCUGCACACGCCAGAUGAAGCGCAUGGCUCAGAAAACGCAAAAGCCUCCUCAGAAAGCAAGUCCGACUAUAACGUCGGUCACUCCGGUGGUUAAAGACCCGCUGGUGAAGAAGGCGGAGCUGAAACCCAAACCAGACACGACGGGAUCUUUUCAGGCCUUUAAGAGGACCGAGGUCAAGGCAUCAUCUACGGCGCUGGUGAACUCCUCCAGCAGUGCCUCGUCUCUCCCCUCGGGCAGCGCCCUCACUGGCUGGGCCGCCUUCACCAAAACCUCCGCUUCAGCUUCCUCUGGAACCAAACCAGGCCUUGCUAAGCCCCUCCCCUCUUCCAGCAGUUCAAAGCCCAUUGGUCUGUUUGCAUUGGGCACCAAAGCACAAACAGGAAGUGGAAACGGGAACAAUGGAGGUAACGGGAACACGGCGGCCUCGCUGAAGCCGCCGCCCCCUCUCACACUAGGGAAACCUGCUCUGAGUCGUUCUGGCAGCGGGGAGAACCCGGGAAAAUCCGGCUCCUCCUCCCCCGGGGCGAUCGGCUCCACUGGUGCGGGUGGCUCGAACGGGGGCACGGGCGGCUCAAACGGGGGGGGCAAUGGAGGCAACGGGGCCAACAGCAGCAGCAAUAGUAACAGCACCAACAGUCAGAAAGCAUCAGCUGAUGGCAAAGCACCAACAUCACAGGAGUCUCAGCUCAAUGCCAUGAAGCGCCUGCAGAUGGUGAAGAAGAAAGCAGCGCAGAGGAAGCUGAAGAAAUAAACACCCAGCACUGAGAGAGAGAGAGAGAGGAAUUAAUUAAAAGAUUAACAG